ACCGUCACCUGGCAACGGCGGUGGCCUAGGUACGAUGAUGGCGGUCAGUGCUGCUGCCGCCGUCAUCGUUAUUAUUCUGCGCUCUUUGUGUUUACUGCUGUGGGCAGGUGGCGGGACUUGUAGCCCCGGACGGCUAGUGACAGGGGAAAGAAGCCUGAGAACGGUGGUUCCCAUUUGUAUCUGUGACCUCACCCCAGGAAUGUGCGAACUGAAUUGCUGCUGCGAUCGUGACUGCUCCACCACUGAUGUCCGUGCUUUCUCAUCCUGCCUGCCGGGCAGUGAACCGGUCAUUAGCCGGGUUUGCAUCAAGAACUCUGUUGUUUUCAUCAGCAAUAAUCCUCUCCCAACAGUUCUCGACCAGAGCGGUUUGGACGUUCUCUUCUGUGUGAUCGUCAACAAUCCGAAAGCAAAUUACUUCGUCUCGCCACGAUCUGUCACCCGGGAGAGUUUCCCGCUGCUGGCUUCACAGUACGGCGGAAACUCCUUUGUCAUCCCUUCACAGCUAUCAGUGUUCGAGGGCAAGGACAAGAGCUUAAAUGAGUUUGAAAACUUCUAUAAGGUUGGUCAACAGAUUCUCACCUACUUCCCACAAGCCCAUGCCCUAGGUGUCUUCAUGCAGCCUACUGCGCUGGCUGGAGGGCAGUGCACGGACAGGAACCCAGCAGGUUUUCUGCAAAGUCGCAGCUCCAUGUGCUCCCGCAGCCUGCAGGACUUGCGCACAUCUUGCAACAGGCUCCGUGCAUUGAAUGCAGCUGAAUAUUACAAGUACUUCGUCCUUCUCCAGACUCCAAAUACCACAAUCAUGAGAGAGGUGAUGAUUCAGCCUCAAGGUGGGCAGGUUGUGCCUUCCCCGACACUUUUGAAUGACCUGUGCGUCAACGUCAUCUCGGAGGUGACCUACAUGAUAAGAAGUCGAGGCCGAGAAGGGAUCGUUGAGGCAAACGUCAGCUUCACCUUCACGAACUUACCAUUGACGGCCACCAGCAUUCAGCAAACCUAUCGCGUCUUCUUUGUAAUGGAUCCGGGGAACAGCAUAGCAAAGAGACUGAGCGGGAAUCCUGGUUACCUGACUGGGAAGCCCAUCCUGGCCUUCAGAGGGAAGGACUCUGCCAGCCUGAGUAUUCUGCACAGUGCGGCAGAUGGAUCUUGCUCCCCAACCCUGAGGACAGCAGUAGUCUUCCGGCACAACAUGAGGGCUGGCUGUUGGUACAGUUUUGACCCCCGUCAUACGUGCCAUCAACGCCAGGAAGCUAUUAAUCUCUUCCUCCUGGGAGAUAAUCCCCCCGAUUCCCUUGGCAUCCUGGGUAAUGCCAGUGGCAGUGAACUCCAGAGUCUGACUCGGAUUAUCAAUGGCAUUCCUGAGACAGCGAACACCACGUGCGAGGUCAACUGCACCCUUGCUGUAUCGCUGGACGUCCAGAUCCUGUGGGCAAAACUGGGUCCACUCUCCAAUCCUCAGUCCGCUGUGCUGGGUGCUCGCUUCCAGUACCACACCCAGAAGGUUCAGUGUUCAAGCACCAAAGUCUCUCUGAGAUCCUCUGUCAUCUUUGUGGAGACCACUCGCUACCCACCAUCACCCAGGGGCCGGCCUUCCCUGGACUGGAAGCUGCCCAUUGACUUCUUCUACCCGUUUCGAGUCUCGCAGGCUGGAAUUGCCAGGCCAACGUGUGGGGCGCUGGGUCCCGUCUAUGCCGUGGCCUUAGUGCUUUUCCUGAGUCGGCGGUGAGGAUUGGACAAUCCGAUUGUGACAGGAUGGACAGAUGGGGGUGGGGUGGACUCGCUGGGUGGGCAGCUUUUGCUGAAUGCAGAAGGGCUGGCGCAUGACAGAGUUCUUCCUGGUCUUUGCACAGGGGCAGGACAUGUGAAUUACACAGGGUGCUGGAUAGGGAUGAUUGCACACUUCACAGGGUCCUGGGCUGGGGCACAGUGGAUGUGGAUUACACACGGUGUGUGCAUUACUUGGGGUCCCAAGGUGGGUCAGGGUGUGGACUACACAGAGUCAUGGCUGGGACAGAAGUUGUAGUUACACUGACGUCUGAUCUUGGACAGUGGGUGGCAUGCAUUAUUCUGGGUCCUGGUCUUACAUUGGAUCUUGGGCUAAGCCAGAGGGUGUAGGUUACAGAGGGUUCAAGACAGGUAAAUAGGUCCCAUAGCAUCACUCUGGAGGAGUAGCGGUCCCACUUAGACCAAGUUGAGGUCCAUUUAAAGCCCCCUGCAAGAAGAAUGACAUUGGAGAAAUGUAUCAGGGCAGGAUGCAGGAGGUGUAUGAUCCCUCCCCACUUCCCUCCCCAAGUGUGUGCUGCCUCUAUAUCAGGUAGGAGUGGUUCUGAACCAAACCAGAGGCAUCAACACAAACAUAUGGAGUGGGACCCUUCGACCCAGAGCCUGCUCAUUUGAGUGCUGGGGCCACAGGUGUUCAGGUUCAUCCCUUGCUUCUGAGCAUGAAGUCCCUUGUCCUGAGCAGGACAGAAACAGGACCUUCUUGAACACAAUGUUGUUCCAAACCAAUUAUACUACAAAUAAAUGUCCAACAAGACUAAUUCUUUCUGCCUACAGAAUGUCCAUAUCCAUUCAUUUCUUGCAGAUUUGCCUGCGUAUCUCAGAUUCACCUAAAUGCCUCUAUCGCAUUUACCACCACGACCGGAGCUCUACCACAACUCUAUGUAUACAAAAGCUUACCCCACACAUCUCCUUUGAAAUCACUCCCUUUCACCUUAAAGGCAUGGCCUCUGGUAUUAGACUGUUCAAUCCUGAUAAAGGAUUCUGAGUGUCCAUUCUAUCUUUGCCCCUCUUAAUCUUCUAAACCUCUGUGCAGUCUCCCCUCAACCUCUGUUCCACAGAAAACAAUCCAAGUUUGUUCAACCUUGCUGCAUAAGUUAAUAAGCUGCUUAAGAAGAUGCAUGGUGUGCAGGUUUUCAUUAGACCGUAAGAUGUAGGAGCAGAAUUAGACCAUUUAGCCCAUUGAGUCCGCUCUGCCAUUCUAUCAUGGCUGAUCCCUUUUCCUCUCUCAGCCCCAUUCUCCUGACUUCUCUCUCCCUUCAUGCUAUGACUAAACAAGAAUCUAUUAACCUCUGUCUGAAGUAUAGCCAAUGAUUUGGAAUCCACAGUUGCCCGUGGCAAUGAAUUCCACAGUUUCACCACUCUCUGGCUAAAGAUAUUCCUCCUCAACUCUGUUCUAAACGAUGUCCCUCUAUUAAGGCUCUGUCCUUGGUCUUAAGCUCCUCCACAAUAGGAAACAUGCUCUCCACAUUCGCUGUAUCAAGGCCUUUCAAUAUUCGAUAGGUUUCAAUGAGGACACCCCUCAUUCUUGAGUUUCAGUCAGUGGAGGCCCAGAACCAUCAAACGCUCCUCAUAUGUUAAGCCUGUCAACCCUGGAAUUAUUUUUAUGAACCUCCUUUAAACCCUCUCCUAUGUCAGCACAUCUUUUCUUAGGGAACCCAGAACUGUUUUCAGUACUCCCAAGUGCAGCCUCACCAGUGCUUUGUAAAGCCUCAACAUUACAUCCCUGCAUUAGCCAGGGGAUUAUGUUCAAAAGAAGUAAUGUUGCAGUUUUAUAGACUGCGCUUGAAGUAUUGUGUUCAGUGCUGGUCACCUCAUUAUAGGAUGGAUGGGGAAGCUUUAGAGAAGGUGCAGAGGAUAUUUACCGGGACACUGCCCAGAUUAGUGAAAAUGUCUUUUGAGGAAAGCUUAGCAGGGUAGGGUUUUUUGUUUUGGAGUGGAGGAAGAUGAGAGAUGACCUAGUAGACCAUGAGAAGCAUAAAUGGAGUGGACAGCCAGCAUCAUUUUCCCAGGGUGGUAAUGGCCAAUACCAAAGGACAUUUGUUUAAAGUGAUUUGAGGAAAUGUUAGGGAAGGUGUCAUGGGUAGGUGUUUUACACAGAGAGUGUUAGGUGCCUGGAACAUACUGCUGGGGAUGGUGGCAGAGUCUGAUAUAAUAGGGACAUUAAAGACUUAGAAGGGCACAUGAACAUAAGAAUAUUGCAAGGUAUUAGGUGGAUCAUACAUCAUGGGCUGAAGAACCUGUACCCUGCUGUAUUGUUUUGUUCUUAACAUUUUGUAGCACAAGCCCUUUAAUCCAGACAGCAUCCUGGUAAACCUCUUCUGCACUCUGUCUAAAUUCUACACAUCUUUCCAAUAAUGGGAUGACCAGAACUGAAUGCAAUCCUCCAGAAGCACCCUAACAAGAGUCCUAUGCAACUGUAAUGUGUCUUCCUGACUCUUGUACUUAAUCAUGACCUGUUGACUUGAGGUUAAUGGGAAUGUACAGAAGCUCGUGGGUUUUUAAUACUUGUUUGUAUUUGGAUUUUUAUCAAUAAAAUUCAUAUAUUUUAUUUUCAA